GGGCCGAAGGGGGGGGUGGGGGCCGCGGUGAUAGAGGCCAAGAUGGCGGCGGCCGAGGAGGAGCCCGCGCGGGAAAAUGGCAGCGCGGACAGGAGGGCCGCGAAGGGCGGCAAGCCACCUCAGCCUUUCGUCCUGGGCUCCGUCGUUCGGAUCUUCAUGAAGAACUUCCUAAUAUAUGAUUCCUGUGAAGUAUAUCCAGGGCCCAACCUGAACGUGGUUGUAGGUGCUAAUGGAACAGGGAAGUCAAGCAUUGUUUGUGCCAUCUGCCUGGGACUGGCUGGGAAACCUUCUUUCAUAGGGCGGGCCGAUAAGGUUGGUCUCUUUGUAAAGCAGGGAUGCACGAAAGGUUUAGUGGAAAUUGAACUGUUUAAGCCACCAAGCAAUAUUAUUAUCACCCGUGAGAUUCAAAAGAUGAACAACACAUCAUCAUGGUGGAUCAACGGAAAGCCAGCAACCCUGAAAACAGUAGAAGAACACAUUGCAGCUUUAAACAUCCAGGUGGACAAUCUGUGCCAUUUUCUUCCUCAGGACAGAGUUGGAGAAUUUGCAAAACUGAGUAAGAUCGAAUUGCUUGAAGCCACUGAAAAAUCGAUUGGUUCUCGAGAAAUGUACCAGUUCCACUGUGAACUAAAAAGCUUCCGAGAAAGGGAAAGAGAACUGGAGCACUUGUGCAGAGAAAAAACUAACUCAUUGGAGAAAAUGAAACAGAGGAUUGAACGAUACAAGCAAGAUGUUGACAGAUACCUAGAGCACAAGAGCCACAUAGACUUGAUAGAGAUGCUUGAGAGGAAAAGGCCUUGGUUGGAAUAUGAAAAUGUUCGUAUGCAGUAUGUGGAAGUGAAACAGCGCAGAAACAAAGCCAAGAAAGACCUGGAGAUUCUGAAAGAAAGACAGUUCCCAAGGGCAAAAAAAAUCCGAGAAGCUGAAGAAAAUUUGAACAGUCUGGAUUUGAAAACAAGAGAUAAUACUGCUAAAAUCAUAGAGAUUUCCCAGAGAAUUAAACAGAAGCAAGAUGCUUUGGAGAUGAAAGAAAAAAAGAUUGAAGAAAUUAAGCAAGCACUGAGAAUGAAAAAAGAUGAAGAAAUGGACAGACAGAAGAAAAUAUUCACUACUCAGGAGAUAAUAGAGAUGUGGAAGAAUGAGCUGAAUACAAUGGCAGUAUGUGAGAAUCUUCAGCCACAAAUUGAUGCUGUUAAUAAUGAGCUGAAAAAAUUACAAGAAGAAAGGACAAAUAUUGAUAGUGAUAUCAAUGAUCUAAGAGCAGAGAAAAGGAAUCAAGAGAGAGAAGAGAAAAGAAUAAUUGAUCACCUUGGACAACUUAAUAAUAUAAUGAAAAUGAAGGAGGAGAACCUUAAAGGGAAAUUCCUGGACACAUACUCUGCUCUUAUGUGGCUAAGAAAGAACAAAGACAAGUUUAAAAAAAAAGUUUAUGAACCCAUGAUGCUUGAAAUCAAUCCAAGAGACAGUAGACAUGCUAAAUAUAUUGAAAACCACAUUUCAAGCGAUGACAUGAGGGCUUUUGUUUUUGAGAGUCAAGAAGAUAUGGAAGUGUUUCUUGUAGAGAUACGUGAUCAUCAGAAACUAAGAGUGAAUGCUGUAUGCGCACCUGCUGAAUCAUGUGCUGAAAGCCUCCCUUCAAGACCUAUUGAGGAAUUACACCAAUAUGGAUUUUUCUCAUAUUUACGAGAGUUAUUUGAUGCUCCUCGUCCUGUGAUGAGUUAUCUUUGUUACCAGUAUCGUGUUCAUGAAGUUCCUGUGGGAACAGAGAGGACCAGAGACAUGAUUGAAAGGGUCAUACAAGAAACCAAAUUUAGGCAAAUAUACACAGCAGAAGAAAGAUAUAUUAUUAAAGUAUCUUCUUAUACAAAUCGAACCCUCUCUACUAACACAUUCCUGAGGGCAGCACAGUUUCUCAGUGGUUCUGUGGAUACAGAUGAAAGAAGACAGUUGGAAAGCCAACAACGGGACAUCAGUAACAUGUCGAAGUCAUUGGAUAUGCGUUUGACUAUGUUGUUUGAGAGACAGAAACAUCUGGAACACAGAGACAAUGAGCUCAGGCAACAGAAGAAGGAGCUUUUAGAGAGAGGAAACAGAAGGAGACAAUUGGAAUCAAAAAUUGCUUUGAAGUAUGAUAGUUUAAGACAGCUGGAACAAGAUGCUAUUGAUCUAGAGAAGGAAUCUCAAUUGGCAAAUUUAAAGAUCAAAGAAAUAAAUAAGCAGAAAGCAGAACUUGUUACUGAGUUUACGCAUCUCACAAAGGAUAUCAUUCCACUGAGCAUCCUCAAAGGGCUUUUGACUCUUCGAAGGAGUAAGGUGAUUGCUGAGAAGACCAGACUAGAAUCAGAGUAUAAACCAGGAACUGUACAGCUAAAAGCUGCAGAGCAAUGGUUUCAUGAACUGGAUGAUAAGAAGCAAGUUCUUUAUGAGAACUGCAAGGAACUGAUGAAGCAAGCUCGACAGGUCUGCAAAUUGAGUCCAGAUCAAGAUUUUCCAAGAGAAUUGCAAAGUAGUUUUCAGGCUCUUCCAAACACAUUGGAGGAAAUUGAUGCUCUUCUGAACGAAGAGAAGACGAGGGCCUCCUGUUUCACAGGCCUGAAUGCUUCGGUUGUUGAAGAAUACAAUAAGCAAACACAAGAAAUACAGCAGUUGACAAAAUAUCUAGAGGAAAAGAAAAAUGAAUUGAAUAACUAUAGGCAAAACAUUUCACAGGUCAAAGAAAGGUGGCUAAACCUCUUGAAAGGCAUGAUUGAACAAAUUAAUGCUAAGUUCAGUAAGUUCUUUAGUUCUAUGCAGUGUGUGGGUGAAGUUGAUCUUCAUGCAGAAAAUGAGGAGGAGUACGACAAGUAUGGCAUUCGCAUUAGAGUCAAAUUCCGCAGUGGCACUGAACUUCAUGAGUUGACUCCAUAUCAUCAGAGUGGAGGUGAGAAGAGUGUUUCCACUAUGUUGUACCUGAUGGCUCUACAAGAACUCAACACAUGUCCUUUCAGGAUUGUUGAUGAAAUAAAUCAGGGAAUGGAUCCAGUGAAUGAGAGAAGAGUUUUUCAAAUGGUUGUUGAAACUGCUUGUCAAAAAAAGGCGUCUCAGUACUUCCUCAUUACACCAAAGCUCCUGUGGAAUCUCACUUACAGUGACAAGAUGACUGUGCUGUUUGUCUACAGUGGACCUUUUAUGGUGGAAUCAAAAAAAUGGAACACAAAGUAUUUCAUGAAGCGACGACGGCGACUUUCAAGGAUGGCUGAACAGUGUAUAGCUACAGAUAUGUAGCUAUACAUAUAUAAAAUGUUUCUGUAGACCUUUUUUGGAACAUUUGGCUUCCAAGACUCCAGAAGUUGUCAAAGAGGAGAACCUGCAAAGAAUUGAUAAUUAAGAACGUGAAUCUUAAAAUUUACACAAAUGUAUAACAGAUUUGAAGUCCAUGAUUUCUUUUUUGAAGCCUUUCAUAGUGGUCACUUUCUCUGAAGAACUUGCUUUUUCUCAAUGGUAGGUUUAAAUAAAAAGGAAAUUUCUUGUAUUUUUCUGGAGUUUUUUUUCAGUAAUGCAGCAUCAGAAGUACAGUUAAUUUUUCUAGGUUAUACUGGACUAAUUCUAUUGCUGUUGUUUUUUGGAGGCUGUUUUUUUUUCCCUAACAGUUGCAGUUAGCUUUUGGUAAAUAGUCUUCCUUUACCACAGAUAUGGAUGUUGUCUAAAGUUCCCCUACUGAAAUGUAACCUUUUUUAAUUAGUUCAGGUGAUCUGUAGGAAGAGAGUGGUUUGUAAGUAGCUGAGCACUGGUUUUUGUUUUGUGAAAAUACACCUGAACUUAAUAUAAAGAAUAUGGUUCUAUGAAUGUAUUACUGUUGAGUAAAUACUUUAUAAUCAUUAUUUAUCA